AUGGUAAAUAUACAUGUUCUCAAGACCAGUAGUAGUAUUCCGUUUACGCGAAGCGGAAUGCUCAGCGAGCCGGAAUGUCGGGUUUUGUCGUCCGCUUUUGACACAAUGGCAAAGGACUUUGAUCCGAAGGAUGCUGUAAUUUUUCUGGAAAGUUCUGGUCUGAUAACUGCGGAUCUUGCAGAGAAGAUUGAAGCCAGACCAACGCGACUGGAACGCUUAAGAGAAUUGUUACGGAUAUACCGAAGACGGGCAACGGAUUGUGAACUGCUUAUUUCAUACUUCGACUUUGCUGGCCAAGAACAUAUUGCCAAUUUAUUACGAACGGAUCUAGAGCAUGUGUUAGACAGUUGCGAGCGCAAUAAAGUUCCUCAUUUUCCCCAUCAUGUUCGACUUCGUAAAUUGUUGGCUGGAGGCGUUCCUAGAGUAUGGCAGCAUGUUAGGCGAGAACAACUACAGAAGGAUGUUGCCAAAGUGCUAAGAGAACGAGCAGACCUUGACUCGUUUAUUGUUGUCUUACAUGGAAUAGCUGGAUGUGGUAAAUCAUCAUUAGCGGCAGCCGUUAUAGCCGAUGUUCCAGAUCUUCUAGGAGGUUGUUUUGAGUCGGUGGUUUGGCUACAGGAUUCACGUACCAAGCCAGAUCGCAUUCAUAUGCUCUUCACUGAUCUACUGCUUAUGCUAUGGAAUGAUGCCACUUCAAAUCCUCCAAAACUGGACGAUGUCUCCUCUGUGUACCUAUGUAAGCAGAUUCAAGAAGCGCUGAUUGACAACCCAAAUGUGCUUGUUAUUUUGGAUGACGUUGUACUGGAGGAAACAGUGAAAUGGGUCAACCAGCUCGGACUUCGUGUUCUGGCCACCAGUCGGAAUGCUGAGCUAUUUGCUGCUGCUUCAUGUUCUGUUGAUGUUAUUCACGUCAGCGGCUUUGCUUCCAGUGAAGCCACGGAACUGUUCUCCAUCGACGGCACGCCGUUGCAAGGCAAAGAGAAUGAAAUUCAAUCAGCCAUCAAUGCAGCGUUUGCAGUUUCUAGCGGAAAUGUUGCUUUGUUGAGUAUGUUGAAGAAAGCGGCUUCAGGUCGAGCUGAUCGUCUGUCAACUUUCUCUCGCCGCUUGGAUGGACGCGGUUUGUCGUCAUUGACGCUGAAAACUUCUUAUGAGUACGCAUCAAUGCACAUGGCAUUGACGACAUCAGUGGAGCGUUUAUCAUCAGACGAACGCGAUACACUUGCAUGUGCAGCUAUUUUGCCGUCAGAGGAAGAUAUUCCUCUCGAGGUCUGGGCGUUGGUCGUGCCGGUCGAUGUAGUUGACGCUGAUGAGGCUGAAUUUCUGAUGUUGCUCUCCGAUCGGUUGAGCAAAAUUUGCAGUAAUGGUGACUGGUUGUCUCAUAAUUCGCAGAACGGUACCUUUCGGAUUAGCAAGAUGGUAGAAAUCUAUCUGCGGGAGGCUCUUGAUCCUCAUACAAUUCAGACGCUUACUUCCAUUCUUAAAUAUCGAUUGGAAAAAUACCAGCAAGAUAGUCUCGGAAGCUCUCCGGUGCGAGAGUUCUUUACGAAACACGCUUCGUUCUAUAAGACUAUGGAGCUGUACAAAACGAGGUUACUUGUCAAUUUUGUGCAAACUAUCAUUUGCAGCGUGAGAUUUUGCGUCACAAUACUCGUUGCCUGCACAUUUGCUAUGGCUCAGUUGUUGUUAUCGAUUCCUGUAAAAGCUGAACUUUCUUCCUAUAAUCCUUUACUAUGGCUGGUCAUCCUUUAUAUUACCAUGUGCUAUCAGUGGAACCGUCUUUAUGGCGCCUAUUUAUCACGGAAGCAACGUACCUCAUUCGAUGAGUGGAACAUUAUGGAGACGUAUCAGCCACGCGCUUUGACUAUGGGUCAUCUCUUCGACCCAGAACCGCCUACACCAUUCCCCGGAGAUAACGCAAGCACUGGUGAACAAGACCAAUUUCAUGCUCUUCGUGACGCGCAUUACGCCAACGAGUUUACGUAUGCGGAGAGGAUGGCGGCGGAAGCGAAAGCAGCGGACGCGUUGCAAUCCGGCCAAGCUACUAAGCAAGCCAGCCAGGACAGUUCUAGUCCAGAAGUGGUGCGGAUUGAGCUGAAACCAGAAACAAAGGAUGACCAAGAUUCUUAUCGUGAAAUAUGA